AUGACAACUAUUGUUCAGCCACUGCCAGCAGGUGCUAAAGGAGUAGCACCAGCGCGUGCUCCACCUGCACGGACAUCAACAAAUACAACCCUUCGGGCUUCAACAAACACGGUUCAACGUGCAGCUGCUCCUGCUGCUCCUACCCAAGCGAAGAAAAUUUCACCUGCUCCACCGGUUUCCAACCGUUCCGUAGCACCUGAUUCGUCGGCGCUCAAAGCUCUCGAAGAAGAGAACGCUAAGCUUACCCAGCAGUAUGAAGAGAUGACAAGCAUUGCGGAAACAGUGGAAAGCGAACGCAAUUUCUAUUUUGAGAAGCUGCGAAGAAUAGAAGACAUGUGCAUAGCUUGUGCAGAAGACGAAAACCCUGACAAGGAAGCGAUUUUAGCGAUUCUUUACGAACACGAACACUCAUUAACACUUUUAAAAUUGCAUAGGUUCUCGCUCAGGAAUCGAGUCGAGAUGGAUUCUGCAGACAAAUCCUUGCUUCGAUCUCUGAACACUAAAGCUGCUGGUACCGUUGCCAUAUUUGAUAAGGGGGACUACUAUGCCUGUUAUGGAGAUGAUGCCGUAUUAUUAGCAACAGAAGUCUUUAUGAGUGAUGUUUGCCUCAAAACCGUCACAAUCAGAGGUGAGGUGCUCCAAUAUUUAACGAUGAGCAGUGGUCAGUACCAGCGUACAGUCCGCGAGUUACUUAUGUUCAAGAGGUACCGCAUUGAACUGUACGGCCUGGAAUCGGACCAGUGGGCAGUAAAAGCGAAGGGAACAAUAGGAAAUCUCGGUGAUUUUGAAGAAAUCAUUGGUGAGGUGAAUGGUGGUGGAAAUGUGAUAAUGGCAGUAAAGAUUGCACAUGGCGAGGAUAAUAAAGUUAGCGUAUCCUUCAUGGACAUGCUUGAUUUUCGGGUUCUGACGUCAGAGUUCAUUGACUCACCAAUGUUUGCUCAAGUAGAGCACUGUAUUGUCGGUAUAGGCCCGAGAGAGUGUCUGGUUUAUGCAGACGAGGGUGAAUGCCCGUUCACUGGUAAAGAUCGACCAAAGAAACUGAGCGCUCUCCUUCGAAAAGUGGGUGUUCUUGAAACAAAUGGAGUCAAUAUAACCAACACAGCAGAUUGGGAAGAGGUGCAAAACAUUUUCCGUCCUGGAUGUGAAGUUUCUUCACUUUCCGACAAUCUGAAACGAUGCCUUUGUGGUCUGUUUUCUUAUCUCAAGAUGGACGAGCAGGAAGCUUACACGCACAAAUUCACCCUGUCGACUUAUCGCACCUCAGGAUUUAUGCAUAUCGACGCGGGCGCCGUGCGUGCGCUGGAAUUGUUUGCUCUAAAUUAUCACCAGGAUGCUAAAGGCACAUCCGGUACUGUAUAUGGCUUACUGAACAAAUGUCGCACAGCUCCUGGCCAGCGAUUGCUAAGGGAAUGGCUUGCACGUCCUCUUUGCGAAUUGCGACAGAUCACAGAGCGUCAAGAUGCCAUCGAGUCUCUUAUUCUCAAUCCUGACGCUCGUCGGACGUUGAGUGAUAUGUUGCUUCCAAAAGUCCCGGACAGCAGUCAGCUUGCAAGGAAAUUGGUCCUAAGCAAGGCCAAAUUGCAGGAUUGUUAUCGCGUUUACCAAUUGGCCAUGUUACUACGACACUUCGAAACCACUUUGCGCGACCUCUUUGAUAAUGACGAGAAAAAUGCUCCAGCUAUCAAGGAUCUCAUGCUAGAGCCUAUAUGCUACGGAUUAUUGCAGUUUGACAAAUAUUGCCAGCUGAUUCGCAGUACAGUAGACGAUGACUACUAUAAGAAAACUGGAGAUUUCCGAAUCCGCCCUGACAUCGAUCCUGAACUAUUGCGGAUUAGUGAAGAGAUGGCUGAUCUGGAAAAGCAAGCCGAAAAAGCUAGAGCUAAGAUAGCGUCGCGCCUGGACAUUGAUUCCGUGAAGCUGGAUUGCGCUCCUCAGCAAGGCUUCUUGUUUCGAGUCACGCUAAAGGAAGAGAAAAAUCUGCGAUCAUGCAAGUCCAUCUCUAUAGUUGACACAACCAAAGCCGGAGGUGUGCGAUUCAAGAACGAUGAUUUGGACGAAAUCAAUGAACGCUAUCAAGUUUUGAACGACAUAUAUCGGACUGCACAGCAAGAUCUGGAGAAAAAAGUAGUUGGGACGUGUGCUGGCUACGCUCCUGCUCUUAGUGGAUUGAGCAGCGCGCUGGCUACAAUAGAUGUCGUAACAAGUCUGGCUCGUGUUGUAGCUGAUUCAGCCGGGGAAUACGUCAGACCAAAACUUGAACCCAUGGGGAGCGGAAUUUUUGAGCUACGAAAAUGUCGUCAUCCUGUACUAGAGGCAUUGACUGAUGAGCAUUUCAUCCCGAAUGACAUUGAUCUUGGGUCUAAUCGAAUGAUUGUGUUAACUGGCGCGAAUAUGGGUGGAAAAAGUACCUAUCUCCGAUCUGCGGCUAUUUCAGCGUUACUGGCACAAAUCGGGUGUUUUGUUCCCGCUUCGUAUGCUCGCCUUUCCGUACUCGAUGGGAUUUUCACGCGUGUUGGAGCUAGUGAUCAGCAGACGAGAGGCAUAUCCACCUUCAUGGCCGAAAUGCUUGAUAGCGCCACGAUUUUGGAGAUUUCACUGGUUAUUGUCGACGAACUGGGUCGUGGAACUUCAACGUAUGAUGGGUUUGGACUAGCCUGGGCUAUCGCCAAUGAUCUCUUGAAUAGAGUGCGCUGCUUCUGUCUAUUUGCUACGCAUUUUCACGAAAUGGGAGCUCUAGCUAACCAACCAGGCGCUGCAGCAAUGCAGAUGUCUGUGGCAGUACAAGAUGGACAGUUGACCAUGUUAUACGAAGUGCGGCCUGGGGUGGCUCAGAGCUCGUUUGGAAUUCAUGUCUCACGGACUGUCGGCUUCCCCGAACACAUCGUUGAGGAAGCAUCGCGGAUUUUGGAAGAGCUGGAGAAUCCAGCGAGUGAGGCAGACAUCGAUGAUCUCAUUACGAAAUUCAAAACCGCUGAUGAUGCUCAACUAAUGCAGCUAUUAGUUUAA